CGUGGCGGUGGUUGCGCGAGAGGUGCGUGUGCGCGCGCGCCGGUGCUGUGGCGAUCGCGGCAGCGGCUGCGCGCGGGCAGGUUGAGGUGAGCGCGGCGCCCCCCGUCACCCCCGACGGCUCCUGCCGGGAGGAGACGUUGCCACCGCUACCCAGCCUCGGUUAUCCCGCCCGUCGGUCUCCUUCCUGUGGCCGCGGCCGCUGCUGUUGCGCGACAGGGUGAGGGCCGCCCUCCCCCGUCAGCCGCGGCGGGCGGAGCGGCGGCGGGCGGCAGCAGCAGCAUGAGAGGCGGCGGUGCCGCCGUCCGGAGCAGAGCGGUGAGGGCAGGGUUGGCAACGCGGUUGCUGGCGGCGCUCAGCUGCGUCCUGACAGUGGAGGCCCAGCUCACAGGAGUCCUAGACGAUUGUUUAUGUGAUAUAGAAAGCAUCGAUGACUUCAAUACUUUCAAGAUCUUCCCCAAAAUACAAAAACUGCAAGAGCGUGAUUACUUCAGAUAUUACAAGGUGAACCUGAAGAGACCAUGCCCAUUUUGGGCUGAUGAUGGCCAUUGUUCUAUCAAAGAUUGUCAUGUAGAGCCUUGUCCUGAGAGCAAAAUACCUGUUGGAAUUAAAGCUGGGAGCUCUAAUAAAUAUUCAAAAGCGGCAAAUAAUUCCAAAGAAUUGGAAGACUGUGAGCAAGCUAACAAACUGGGAGCAAUUAACAGUACCUUAAGUAACCAAAGUAAGGAGGCUUUCAUUGACUGGGCAAGAUACGAUGAUUCACAGGAUCAUUUUUGUGAACUUGAUGAUGAGAGAUCUCCAGAUGCACAGUACGUGGAUUUGCUGCUGAAUCCGGAACGUUACACUGGAUACAAGGGUCCUUCUGCUUGGAGAGUGUGGAACAGCAUCUACGAAGAAAACUGUUUCAAGCCUCGAUCUGUCUAUCGUCCUUUAAAUCCGCUGGCGCCUAGUAGGGGAGGAGAUGAUGGAGAAUCUUUCUACACCUGGCUAGAAGGUCUUUGCCUUGAGAAAAGAGUGUUUUAUAAACUCAUUUCUGGACUUCAUGCUAGCAUCAACUUGCAUCUGUGCGCAAAUUAUCUUCUUGAAGAAACGUGGGGGAAGCCUCGCUGGGGACCGAAUGUGAAAGAGUUCACUCAGCGCUUUGAUCCUAUUGAAACCAAAGGAGAAGGACCAAGGAGGCUCAAAAAUCUGUAUUUCUUAUACUUGAUAGAGCUGCGUGCUUUGUCAAAGGUUGCACCAUACUUCGAGCGUUCAGUUGUUGACCUUUACACUGGAAAUGGCCACGAGGAUGCUGAAUCUAAAGCUCUUUUACUAGAUAUCUUCAGGGAUACAAAGUCCUUCCAUAUGCACUUUGACGAAAAGUCCAUGUUCGCUGGAGAUAAAAAAGGAGCCAAGUCAUUAAAGGAAGAAUUCAGAUUGCAUUUCAAGAACAUAUCCCGCAUAAUGGAUUGUGUUGGAUGUGACAAAUGCAGGCUGUGGGGCAAACUGCAGACUCAAGGCUUAGGAACAGCUCUGAAGAUCUUGUUUUCUGAGAAAGAAAUACAGAGCCUUCCUGAAAAUAGCCCAUCAAAAGGUUUUCAACUCACACGCCAAGAAAUAGUUGCUCUUGUAAAUGCUUUUGGAAGGCUUUCCACAAGUAUAAGAGAGUUGCAGAAUUUUAAAGUUUUAUUACAACAAACCAGGUAAUGAAGGCCUUUGCACAACCCCAUUAGUGAAGACCAUUUACAUGACUGCAUUGAGCAAAAGGAACUGAUCCUUACAGGACUCACGUGAACUGAUAAAAAGUAAAAUCAAAUACCAACUUGAAUAUUUAUGUUUAAACUAGGAAUGGUUAUUAAUUAGAAAAGAUAUUUAUGAAUGAAAUAUAUAGUUUUUAAAUGUGUAAAUUAUGCUGAUUGUUUAUUUUUAAGUUCUCUGCUCACAGGUCUGUUGUAUUGAAACUACAUAAAUUUUAUUUCCUUGUCUUUUUGAGACGGUUGUUUUAUACGAAAACAUACGUACCUCCACUCUGACUUGACCUGUCCCGAGAGGUGCUUUGCCUCUUGCCUCUCCCCAGUACUGAGCUUCAGUAUAUUCUGAGGAUUGGGUGUGCUGAUUCUGGCAGUCUAAAAGAAAAAAAAAAAAAAAAAAAGGAAAUAAUGUUCUUGUUGAGUUCUGACUUGUUACUGUAAUAAUGAAACUUACUUAAAAGUAGGAAAUUUACUGAGCAGAAAGUUUUGUUCCAUACCAAGCUCCUUUGCAUCUUGCUGAUAUCAACAUUUUUUUUUCCUUAUGUGCUGCUUUUCAGAAGCUCCUUUUUUGUCUUCAAAAUAACUACCUUGUCUCUGAUGCAGCACCGUUGGAAGUGGCUUUUCUGCAGCCCUUUGGCUACCGGGUUUUGCCUGGGGGGAUGCAGAAGGGCGGGGGGGGUGGUUAGUGGAGUGCUGCUAGCUGAAAAGCCUCUGUCAGUCAAAUCAGUAUUUCAUUUUCUAGGUUGUAAUCACAAGUUGAAUUUCCAGAAAUUGUCUUUUUAGUCUAAAAUGUUAAAAUAGCACAUUUCAGUCUUUGAGCUGUGGAAAUAGAUUUGCUCUUUCUGGGUUAGUUUUCAUGCUAUGUUAAAAGGUCAGUGCAAAAAAAAUAAGAACUUGUUUUUGUAGUCACUUUUAAAAGAUGCUUUUAAAAAUUCAUAAUCAUACUGACAUUUAAUACUGCAUACUCUAACUAUGCAAAAUCCCUAACUGUAUCUUCUUUAAAAGGAUAUUCAGCGUAAUAAAACGGGUAUGUUAAUAAUGUAACUUUCAUAAAAUAAGAAAUUAUUUGUGUAUCAUUGUCCACAAAUGUCAAUGAUAACUUACCAGUGUCCAAAACAGAAUUCCAAGACAUCAGUGCUGAUGAGUAGCAACCAAAUAUUGGUUUAAAUUUAAAAUGAAGUAAUAAUUUAUUAUAUUUUUUUAACCAGCAUGUUUCAAAGUGAAGUUAGGUGUUACGAAUGUAGGAAGUGCUGGUACAGUGUAGAUACAUCUAUUCUUUCUUAAAAAAUAAGUCUUCACAAAAUAAAGUGCUCUUAAACAUUUUUCACCCAACCAGAUAUUUAAUGACCUGUUUAUAUAAUUGAUUGUAACCGCGUUGGCUUCCAUAAUGUGGUCCUUUACAGCUGAGAUUUUCUGAAAGCUGGAAUGCGCUCUAUGUCCUUUGUUUCCAGAGUAGCCUCAAGCUUCUGCCUGACUGGAAAUGAGAUGGACUAUCCUGCUGACACUUGCUACUAUAAAAAAUACAGUUUUUCAAGAAAGUACACUCUCUUGAGUCAAACUGGGAUAAGCUAAAUGAAAGGAAAAAAAAACCACCACAGGAAAAAAUAAACCAAAAAACCCCCACUCUCACAAAACUUUGAUAGUUGUAUGAAUUGGCAAUGAACUGGUAUCCAGUCCUAAGUUCCUGUUUAAGCCAGUAGAUAAUUUAACGUGGAGUUAGAGAAAGCUGAUGCCAGUCUGGGGAUGUGUUUUUACCCAGCAGCCUCUCUUGCCCGAGAGCACCCAUGUCUAAGCAAGUCACCACAGGCUUCCUCCUUCUGGUUAGUGGAGAAGAGCAGGUGACUUCUAGGUGGUUACACCUGGGCUGUUUCAAGCUGUGUAUGAUCCUAGGAUGCAGUGAGUUGCACCCUAGAGUUGAUUGUUCUCCAGUAAAUUGAGGUGGGAAUCUAUGUAAUUGGCUCAGGUGUGAACACCUGUGUUUGGGAAACGGGUUACACCCUGAGCAUCUAACUCUUCUGAGUAACUGUAUAUAUUGAAAGAGUGUGGUUUUCUGUUGGCCAUUAAUUCCUUGCCUUUUGGAUUGACCUGCAAGGGCUAGAACCUGUGGGCUCGCUUGUGUGUUGAAUGCUGUAUAGCUGGGGUUUGUGUAUUAUUAUAUAUUAUAGUGCCUAAAGCUUUAGGCAGGAUUUUUUAUUUGAAGAAAAAAAUUUUAAAAAAUUGUCUUGUCUGUGCUGCCCCAGGAAAGAUCUGAGUCUCAGAACUGUUUCUUUCCUUUUUCCCCUUGCUUUAUGGGGAGAGUGCAUUGCUUCCAACCUCCUCCUGGGGAUGCAACUUGCUAUUUUUUUGUUUUUUUUCCACCUGUGCCUGGCUAAAAUCUACGGACCCUGAAGCAGCAUCACAUACUGGCAUCGUGCCCUUGCUGUGGGACAGGUGAGGGGUUCAGGCACCCGGGUCCUGGACACCCACCCCUUGCAGCCCCCGCUGGCACGGUGCAGGCAAGGUCAGUGCCGGUGGGGAAGGACAUCAAGAGAUGGGAUGGGAAGCUUUUCCCCUUUUCCUUUGUGUCACGGAAACGCAGGAAUGCAACUGAGCAGCACUUCUGUGCAUGGGGAAGUUCUGUCACCUGUGAAGGUACAUCUCGCUUGGUGAUGGAGCAUGGAAGGCAUUUGCUUCCCUGGAAUUGUAGAAAUAGGAGGUAAAAUUUUUCCCGUUACAAAUCUAGCUGAAACAAUUUUCCUGUCACCAUCUUUUUUACUGUAUUUGAUGUACAUUCUGUGACUCUGCUGCCUAUGAAGUUUUGCCGCGUGAGUUGGAUGACUUAGUUCUUUAUAUGUCAAACUAAAUUUUAGAAAUGUACAGAUCUGUUUUUAUACUAAAGAAUUAAGGUUAGUUACACCGUCCAUGACCUGUGAACGAUUUUAAAUCCCGGCUCCCUGUUGGAGAUCAGCUUGUCAGCAUCGCCUGCCCUUCAUUCGAAUGAAAGCUCCAUUCCUUGUACAAACGACACAAUGAUUGUAACCCCAGAGGUGGUGAGAAGACAAAGACAAAAACAUUUCCUUUUUCCCAAGCCAUGAGGAGUUACGGGACACGGUGCAAGGCCUGGGUGCAGCCUGCACGGGCAGGGUGUAGGGCGCUGCUGCUGAACAACUUUCUUCAGUGCCCAAGGAGGAAGGUGCAAAUACAGAUUUGAAACAGUGUAGAGAGACUUGUGUGAGCUGGAAUAACACGUGUUUUCCUCCUGCAGCUGCUGAUGUGCACUGUAUGUCGUCGUAUGUGCGUGAAGUACACUGUGCCACACUUUCUUGAGUUGUGUUUUGAUGAUUGGGUUGCCUUUAUCUGACCUUGCUUUGUGCUUUUCUGGGAAAUGACCUGUAAUAUGUUGUAAAUAAUCUAGAUGCUUAUCUUUAUGAAGGAGCAAUCAGCAAUCCAUCACUUUACAAUUCUUCCAUAUAGCUAGCCUAUUGAAACAUAAUAUUUAUUAAAAUCAAAAUCGAUGUUGGAACUGCUUACUGAGAUCUAAACACUUCUGAAUCUUUGCUAUGUUUGAAUCUAUAAAAUGCAAAUUAAAGUAUUUUCUGCUACAA